CAUAAAUGUCUCUUUCCGGUCAGUAUCAUUUUUGCUUUCCCUUUGCAUUUUCUAUUUCUCUGUUUCUCCAGAAUCCUCCAUUGCAAACCAAGCUUUCUUUCCAGCUUGCUGAGGUCCCUCUCUCUUCGAUCCACCAACCAUUUUACCCAACUUCGCUAUCUAAAUAUUUCUAUCUGCCACAACCCCUGCUUGUAAGCUACUCCUCUCCAACCGUAUCUUUAGAGGGCAUCUGGGUUAUUUUGGGUUUUGGUUAUUUGAGGUCUACAUUGGCCCAUUUAUGCAUACUGAGUUUCUGAUGCUUCAAGAAGGAACUUUUACUUUGCUUCUAUGGUUGAUCGAGGAAAAAAAAAAUAAGGAGGUUGGCUUAAAUCACUAGAAAGGGUUGAAUAAAAUGUUUCUGGUACCCAGGUGUGGAUUUCUCUUCGUUUCGGGAAUUAAGAGGAUCAAGUUGAUACUGAGGUUGAGUGAUCGAGGAUUAAAGAUGUCAUCUGAGGGUUCUUUGAAUGCAGAAUUAUCGAAAAAGACGUCAUUUUUAGGUUUGAAACUAUGGGUUUUGAUCUGUAUAUGUGUUGGUGCAUUUAUAGUUAUAAUUCUUUGUAUAUUAUCUGUAUGGGUCACGUUUCGAAAGAGAUCUAGGAAAUCUGCGGAACGAUUUUCACUCUCCCAAAUACCAAAUGUCUCAAAAGAUAUUAAGAUUGACCGGGUUGGACUGACUUCUCAUGAGAGUUUAUUUCAACCAGUCCUUGAAAAGUCGAGUGAUAAGUAUUCUGAUAAAACAUCAGUUCAUUUGGGUACAAGAAAAUCAAGUGAUCCUGAUAAUAACACUCAAUGCAGCUCGGUUUAUCAUCAUGAGAGAGGAUUGAGUUCAAUUUCGUGGGAAGAAGGAAGUUGUGGGACUGAUAGGAAGCAUUCCUCAUUGUUACAUGGAGGACUUAUGACAGCCUCUCCUUUAAUUGGCUUGCCAGAAAUUUCUCAUCUUGGGUGGGGCCACUGGUUUACUUUUAGGGAUCUAGAAUUUUCCACUAAUCGUUUCUCUGCAGAAACUGUGCUUGGUGAGGGUGGAUAUGGGGUUGUUUACAGGGGCAGACUGGUCAAUGGAACUGAGGUGGCAGUGAAGAAACUUUUUAACAACUUGGGACAGGCGGAGAAAGAAUUUAGGGUUGAAGUUGAAGCCAUAGGCCAUGUUAGACAUAAGAAUCUUGUUCGGCUUCUGGGCUAUUGCAUUGAAGGAGUCCACAGGAUGCUGGUGUAUGAAUAUGUGAAUAACGGGAACUUAGAGCAAUGGUUACAUGGGGCAAUGUGCCAACGUGGUAUCCUUACUUGGGAGGCGCGCAUGAAGGUGAUUCUUGGUACUGCAAAAGCGCUUGCGUAUUUACAUGAAGCAAUAGAACCAAAAGUGGUUCACCGAGACAUUAAAUCAAGCAACAUCCUGAUUGACGAUGAGUUUAAUGCCAAGGUUUCUGAUUUUGGCUUGGCAAAAUUCUUGGGUUCGGGAGAAAGUCAUAUCACAACUAGAGUAAUGGGAACGUUUGGUUAUGUGGCACCUGAAUAUGCUAACAGUGGCUUGUUAAAUGAAAAGAGUGACAUUUAUAGCUUUGGUGUCCUCCUGCUAGAAGCCAUUACGGGAAGGGACCCUGUGGACUAUGCCCGGCCUGCUAAUGAGGUUAAUCUUGUUGAAUGGCUAAAGAUGAUGGUGGGAACCAGAAGAGCCGAGGAAGUUGUGGAUCCAAGCCUUGAAGUUAAACCCACUACACGUUCCCUAAAACAUGCCCUUCUGGUUGCACUAAGAUGUGUUGAUCCUGAUGCAGAUAAGAGACCCAAAAUGAGUCAGGUCGUACGUAUGCUUGAAGCUGAUGAAUAUCCCAUUCCCGAGGUGUAAAUCAAUUCUCAUCCUGGAAAUCAUUACUUUUGUUUACUUGUUUCACUGUGUUUAUUUAGGUUUUUAAAUAUCCUUUAAAGUUUUAAAAAUAUACCCAUCUUUUCCAAGUAUAUGUGAAUUCGGCUUCAAAUGAAUUGAUCAAAGCAAGCUCUUUCCUGUUAGAGUCCAGUUGAUCACAAUUAUUUAGGCUUAAGCUCGUGCAUAUCUUCUUCAUUAAA